AUGGGGGGUUCAUGGGAGCGUCUUGUACGCUCCAUCAAGACUGCGCUAACAAGCCUACCGCAGGACAGGAAACUCGAUGAUGAAGCACUGUUAACAUACCUGAUCGAAGCAGAGUCAAUCGUAAAUUCCCGCCCUUUGACAUAUUUGCCGCUGGAUGCUCCAGAACAAGAGGCGCUUACGCCAAACCAUUUUCUGUUGGGGAGUUCAAGUGGCGUGAAGCAACCUUCGAGAGAAGUAGGCUGCCCCGAAAAAGUACUUCGCAAAAGUUGGGAUACCUUACAAGCAAACUUGGAUCAUUUUUGGAAGCGCUGGAUACGGGAAUACCUUCCUACGCUUACACGGCGUACUAAAUGGUUUGGAGAUGUCAAGGCAAUUGAGGUUGGAGACUUAGUGGUUAUAGUCGAAGAUAAGAGACGCAACGGGUGGACUCGAGGACGAAUCUUGGAUGUGGUGCGAGGUCGUGACGGCAGAGUUCGUCAAGGGAUUGUGCAGACAUCGAGCGGAGUUUUUAGAAGACUGGUUACCAAACUGGCAGUGCUAGACGUCGCAGGAACCAGUAAAGCUGAGACCGACACUCAGCCUUACGAGGAGGGGGAUGUUGACGACGCCACUCAAAAUUUGGCAACCUUGUCAGCAGGAGACAACUCUUAA